AUGAAUAAAGAUAUUAAACAUGUGGUAAGGUCUAAUAAAGAUCCGUCGCGUAGAGAAAAGGCCCAAAGUAUACUCAAUAAUUGGAAAAGUUGGGUUAAUGACUUCAAAAAAUUCAAUCGGGAUAAUAAAAAAUUGCAAAAACUAAUUUCAGAACGUAAUAGUAUUUUGAUGGCAGUACAAAAAAAUGAAAUUAUUAAAUUUACAGUAGUGAGAGAUAAGGUAGCACGUACAAUGCUUACGCGACAAUUAGAAAACUUCAAGGAUGAGAGGCCAAAAAAGUGCAUGCAUAUAGAACAAGAUCCAACUAUUCAAUCUCAUCAAACUCCACAACCCAUUGAAAUCAUUGAGAUUUCAAGCGAUGAUGACAAUUCGGAUAUAUAUUCUGACUUUGAUGACGAAAAUAACAAUAAGGACGAUUUAGAAAUUGUGAUCGAAGUUGGUCCAGAUAUUGCUCCCACCGAACUAAAGUCAAAGGGAACUAUAUCGGUAUAUCCGGCUGAAGAUAGGCCAACAGACACUUGGGUGUUGCCCUCUGGAAAGUUUGUGGCUGAUGCGAUAUGUGGUCCCCCUACCCUUCAUAAAUCCCAUCCAUCUAAUAUGGGGAUUGUACAUCUUGGAGCAAAGAAUUCCCUUGUGGAAUAUUCGGAAUAUCUCCACAAUAUAAGAUUUGAUACAAAAAAUAAACAGAUGGAAUUCGCCAUAAAUAUACUCUGGUGGUUAGGCGAAUUCUACCUUCAAACAAGCGCAAAUCAGCGCUUAAUUCAGCGUAAACUUAAGCUGGAAGAUGGCAAUCCAUUAGGUCUUAAGAUUGAUAGAGUUUUCCAGUCUGCUGAUAACAAGCCAUUCGAAUUUGGGAUGAUAGAAUUGUCUGGUGGAUAUAAUACUAAUGAUUUUCCUCGAUAUCUAAAAGAUCAUGUUCGUGGUUGCUGGGGUAUGCAAAAUAACAUUGCAACAAAGCUUGCAUUUGGUGAUUAUAAGAAUAUGAGGCAGCUUCGUGCGUGGUUCCUUCAUACGCAUGGUGGACAAGACGUUCAAGUUUGGGGAAUGGAUAUACCCAAAGGUUUAAAUGACACUGUUGAUGUACUUGAAAAUUUAAAGAAGUCACACAAUCGCAAUUCAAUUAUAUCUAAAAAAUCGGAAUUAAAAACAUAUAUUUAUCAUAUUAAACAAUCUCCAAAAAAACCUACUGGCAAAAAAGCGCAUAAUAUCAAUCCAAUGAAGCGUGAAGAAAUCAAGGAUCCACCUUCACCUUCACCAAUGCCAAAAAAUGAAUCUUUUUAA